AUGCUUCUGGCGCGGAUGAACCCACAGGUGCAGCCGGAGAACGGCGGGGCGGGCCCGGGGUCGGAGCAGCCCCCGCGGAAGCGCAAAGAAGUCUUGGUGGUGAAAGAGCGCAACGGCGUCCAGUGCCUCCUGGCGUCCCGCGACGGCGAUGAGCAGCCCCGGGAGACCUGGGGCAAGAAGAUCGACUUCCUGCUGUCGGUGGUCGGCUUCGCAGUAGAUCUGGCCAACGUGUGGCGCUUCCCCUAUCUCUGCUACAAGAACGGAGGCGGUGCCUUCCUGAUCCCGUACACCCUGUUCCUCAUCAUCGCUGGGAUGCCUCUGUUCUACAUGGAGCUGGCUCUGGGCCAGUACAACCGGGAAGGGGCAGCCACCGUGUGGAAGAUCUGCCCAUUCUUCAAAGGAGUUGGCUACGCUGUGAUCCUCAUCGCCCUCUACGUUGGCUUCUACUACAACGUCAUUAUCGCCUGGUCCCUCUACUACCUCUUCUCCUCUUUCACCCUGACGCUGCCGUGGACCGACUGCGGCCACGCCUGGAACAGCCCCAACUGCACCGACCCCAAGCUCCUCAACAGCUCCGUGCUGGGCAACCACACCAAGUAUUCCAAGUACAAGUUCACACCUGCAGCAGAGUUUUAUGAGCGUGGUGUCCUGCAUCUGCAUGAGAGCAGUGGGAUUCAUGACAUUGGCCUGCCCCAGUGGCAGCUUUUGCUCUGUCUGAUCGUCGUUGUCAUCGUCCUGUUUUUUAGCCUCUGGAAAGGAGUGAAGACAUCAGGAAAGGUCGUGUGGAUCACGGCCACGCUGCCUUACCUCGUGCUGUUCGUGCUCCUGGUCCAUGGCAUCACGCUGCCCGGCGCCUCCAACGGCAUCAACGCCUACCUGCACAUCGACUUCUACCGCCUAAAAGAGGCCACGGUAUGGAUUGAUGCUGCAACUCAGAUAUUCUUUUCCUUGGGGGCUGGAUUUGGAGUCUUGAUUGCAUUUGCUAGUUACAACAAAUUUGACAAUAACUGCUACAGGGAUGCCCUGCUGACCAGCACCAUCAACUGUGUCACCAGCUUCAUCUCCGGGUUCGCCAUCUUCUCCAUCCUUGGUUACAUGGCCCAUGAACACAAGGUCAACAUUGAGGAUGUUGCCACUGAAGGAGCUGGCCUAGUCUUCAUCCUGUACCCAGAAGCCAUUUCUACCCUCUCGGGAUCCACAUUCUGGGCCAUCGUGUUCUUCGUCAUGCUCCUGGCUCUGGGAAUUGACAGCUCGAUGGGAGGCAUGGAGGCCGUCAUCACGGGCCUGGCCGAUGACUUCCAGGUUCUGAAGCGACACCGGAAACUCUUCACGUUUGCUGUCUCCUUUGGAACCUUCCUUCUGGCUCUGUUUUGCAUAACCAAGGGUGGAAUAUACGUGCUGACCCUGCUGGACACGUUUGCGGCGGGGACCUCCAUUCUUUUUGCUGUGCUCAUGGAAGCCAUCGGCGUCUCCUGGUUUUAUGGUGUGGACAGGUUCAGCAACGACAUCCAGCAGAUGAUGGGGUUCAAGCCCGGCCUGUACUGGAGACUCUGCUGGAAGUUUGUCAGCCCUGCCUUCCUCCUGUUUGUGGUGGUUGUGAGUAUCAUCAAUUUCAAGCCACUCACUUAUGAUGACUACAUCUUCCCACUCUGGGCCAACUGGGUCGGAUGGGGCAUCGCUGGCUCCUCCAUGGUUCUGGUGCCCGCCUACGUCGUCUACAAGUUCUUCAGCACCCGGGGCUCCAUUCGAGAGAGACUGGCCUAUGGCGUAACUCCAGAGAGCGAGCAUCACCUGGUGGCCCAGAGGGACAUCAGGCAGUUCCAAUUGCAGCACUGGCUGGCCAUCUGA